CCAAUGCAAUUCAAUUAUGCACAAGUACUUUUGAAGAUCCUUUUUACUGCUUGGUUAGUCUUCCUUAUGAUAUUUCAAAAUUUCUUUUCUACUUGUUUGGACUCUCUCUCUCCCUCCCAUCUGUCGCUCAUUGUGGUGAUGUUCUCUUCAAUAUCUCUUUGCUAUUUGGUUGGACUCUUUCUCUUUGCUGUUUUUUGGAUCUGUAGAUAUCAAAGACUGUCGUAUGUACAACCAAACUAGUAAGUUUGUGCAAAAAGAAAAAAAAAAAAGGAUCAAUCGAUAUUACAUACAAUCACUUGCUUCUUUCUUUUUUUUAGAUCCUUCUUUUUAUUGUAUUGUGAUUGAUACAUUGACACUGGCGCAUGGUCCA